AGAAACCAAUUUGAAGUUCAAAAUGGCUCUUGAAAUCACACACCAGUAUCUCCAAAUAGAAAAUUCAUUGGCAAAAUUUGAUGGUUUAGUUGAAUGUGAAGAACCCAAUAACCGACUGGAUAAGUUUACAGGAACGCUAUUUUGGAGAAACACAAAUUUUCCUUUGGAUGUGCAUAACAUUUUGUUGCGUGGCUGUGUGAUUAGGAACACAGAUUUCUGCCAUGGACUGGUCAUUUUUGCAGGUGCUGACACUAAAAUAAUGAAGAACAGUGGGAAAACCAAAUAAAGAACUAAAAUUGAUUACUUGAUGAACUACGUGGUUUAUACGAUCUUCGUUGUUCUCAUCCUCCUCUCUGCUGGUCUUGCCAUUGGCCAUGCUUACUGGGAAGCGCAGGUGGGCAAUUAUUCUUGGUACCUCUAUGAUGGAGAAGAUGCUACACCCUCCUACCGUGGAUUCCUAAAUUUCUGGGGCUACAUCAUUGUUAUGAACACCAUGGUGCCCAUCUCUCUCUAUGUCAGCGUGGAAGUGAUUCGUCUUGGGCAGAGCUACUUCAUAAACUGGGACCUGCAGAUGUACUACCCCGAGAAGGACACACCCGCAAAGGCGAGGAUCACCACGCUGAACGAGCAGCUCGGGCAGAUCCACUAUAUCUUUUCUGACAAGACGGGCACGCUCACGCAGAACAUCAUGACCUUUAAAAAGUGCUGCAUCAACGGGCACAUAUAUGGAGACCCUCGGGAUGCCUCUCAACACAGUCAUAGCAAGAUAGAGGAAGUUGAUUUUAGCUGGAAUACAUAUGCUGAUGGGAAGCUUGCAUUUUAUGACCAUUAUCUCAUUGAGCAAAUCCAGACAGGGAAAGAGCCGGAAAUUCGACAAUUCUUCUUCCUGCUUGCGAUUUGCCACACGGUCAUGGUGGAAAGAAUUGAUGGUCAAAUCAACUACCAAGCGGCUUCCCCUGAUGAAGGUGCUCUGGUAAAUGCUGCCAGGAACUUUGGCUUUGCCUUCCUGGCCAGGACCCAGAACACGAUCACCAUCAGCGAGAUGGGCACCGAGCGGACAUACAACGUUCUUGCCCUUUUGGAUUUCAACAGUGACCGGAAGCGGAUGUCCAUCAUUGUAAGAACCCCAGAAGGCAAUAUCAGGCUUUAUUGUAAAGGUGCUGACACUGUCAUUUAUGAACGGUUACAUCCAAUGAAUCCUACAAAGCAGGAGACACAGGAUGCCCUGGAUAUCUUUGCAAAUGAGACUCUCAGAACCCUGUGCCUUUGCUACAAAGAAAUUGAAGAAAAAGAAUUUGCAGCAUGGAAUAAAAAGUUUAUGGCAGCCAGUGUGGCCUCAACUAACCGAGAUGAAGCACUGGAUAAAGUGUACGAAGAGAUUGAAAAAGACUUAAUUCUCUUGGGAGCAACAGCUAUUGAAGACAAGCUACAGGAUGGAGUCCCAGAAACCAUUUCAAAACUUGGAAAAGCUGACAUUAAAAUUUGGGUGCUUACUGGAGACAAAAAGGAAACUGCUGAAAACAUUGGAUUUGCCUGUGAACUUCUCACCGAAGAGACCACUAUCUACUAUGGGGAAGAUAUAAAUGCUCUUCUUCACUCAAGGAUGGAGAACCAGAGGAACAGAGGUGGGGUCCACACAAAGUUUAUGCCUCCAGUGGAUGCCGUUUUUCCAUCUGCUGGAAAACGUGCCCUAAUAAUCACUGGUUCAUGGUUGAAUGAAAUUCUCCUAGAGAAAAAGACCAAGAAAAAUAAGAUCCUGAAGCUCAAGUUCCCAAGGACAGAAGAAGAAAGACGCUUUCGGACGCAGAGUAAAAGGCGGAUGGAAGUUAAGAAAGAGCAGCGCCAGAAGAACUGUGACCUGGCCUGUGAGUGCAGUGCCGUCAUCUGCUGCAGGGUCACUCCCAAGCAGAAGGCCAUGGUGGUGGACCUGGUGAAGAGGUACAAGAAAGCCAUCACGCUGGCGAUCGGAGACGGGGCCAAUGAUGUCAACAUGAUCAAAA